UCCCGCGGGGUGUGAGGCGGGAGCCGGCUGCGAGCCCCGGGAGUCCCGCACCAGGCACGGCCGGGACGUCGCACGCUGCUGCCGGGGGCCCGCAGCCGAGAAUAAAUAUGGCAGAGCUUCCUGAGACAGAAGGACCAAUAGAUUGGAAAGAACGAUGCAUAGCUCUGGAGACCCAGCUCAUGAAAUUUAGAGUGCAAGCAAGCAAGAUAAGAGAGCUCUUAGCAGAGAAGAUGCAACAGCUUGAGAGCCAGGUUAUUGAUGCUGAACGUCAAGCAGAAAAAGCUUUUCAACAGGUACAAGUUAUGGAAGAGAAAUUAAAAGCAGCUAAUAUUCAAACCAGUGAAUCAGAGACAAGGUUGUAUAAAAAGUGUCAAGAUCUGGAGACCUUCAUACAGGAAAAAGAUGACAUCAUUCAAAACUUGGAACUGCAACUUGAAGAGCAGAAACAAAUAAGAAUACAAGAAGCUAAAAUAAUAGAAGAAAAAGCAGCUAAGAUCAAAGAAUGGGUAACACUUAAGUUAAAUGAGCUGGAAUUGGAGAAUCAGAAUCUUCGUUUAAUCAACCAAAACCAAACUGAAGAGUUAAGAACAGUACAGUCAAAACUACAAGAAGUUCAAGGGAAGAAGUCAUCCACCAUCUCCCCUUCAAAGCUUUUGGAAGGUCAGCGCCUAAGUAGCUUGACCUUUGGGUGCUUUCUGUCCCGAGCAAGGAGUCCUCCUCAAGUGGUUAAAUCUGAGGAAGUGAGCAAGAUAUCAUUUAAAGAACCUGAGUUCACUGAAGAAAAAGACAUAGAAGAAAUGGAAAUUCCAGAAAAGUCUGUUGAUAACCAAAUUCAAGCAAACAACCAAGGUCAGAAAACAUUGCACCAGAUUCCUUGUGCCUCAGAACAGAAUCAGAAAAGAAGAACAAGCUUUAUAACAGAGGGUGGCAUAGCGCAGAACGCGGGGGCUCCAGGGAGUGACUGGAGUUCUGAUGAGGACGACGGCAGCCGAGGAAGAUCCGAGCCCAGGUACACAUCCACCCUUUCCGGUGACACGUCAGAGGAAGGGGUCCGGGGUAGCAGGAUGGGCAGUGAGACGUAUUUGACAGCAUCUGAUGACAGCAGUUCUAUAUUUGAAGAAGAGACUUUUGGCAUAAAGAGACCAGAACAUAAGAAGCUGUAUUCUUGGCAACAGGAGGCACACUGGAAAGCUCAGAACUGUCUUCUUGGGAAGGGAAAUUCUGAGUCAAUUAAAAAGGAACACGAUAGUUCCUCGGAUGAACUGAAUAAAAAAUUUCAGACUCAGAGACUGCAUUAUUCAUCUUCUUCAAGUGAGGCCAACACCCCAAGCCCUAUUUUGACCCCAGCUUUGACUCCAAAAUAUCCUGAUUCACUCCCUGGGAGAGGAACACAAUUAGUGCCUUCCUCAAACCUGCCACCCCCAAAGUUAAGGAUUCCUAAUGUUUUCAGUAUAAGUGUCGCACUAGCCAAAAGGCACUUAAGCCAGCCACAAUUAAGUUCCGAUAGAAUAUUUGGUACAAACCGAAAUGCUAUAAGCAUGAUACGACCACUGAGACCCCAGGAAACAGAUCUCGAUCUAGUUGAUGGUGACAGUACAGAAAUGGCAGAGAAUAUGGACACUAGUUGUGAUGACGGACUGUUUUCCUAUGACUCCCUUGAAUCCCCGUGUUCAGAUGACCAGGACACCUGGGACUUAGCGAAGAAGGCAGCCUGCGGCAAACCUCCAACACCUCCCCUGCACCGCUUUCCCUCUUGGGAAAGCAGAAUUUAUGCUGUAGCCAAAUCAGGCAUUCGAAUGUCUGAGGCCUUCAACAUGGACAAUGUUAAUAAAAAUUCUGUCGCAAUGCUUUCCUAUUCUACAUCAGGACUUUAUACAUCCUUGAUAUACAAGAAUAUGACAACUCCAGUGUUUACAACUUUGAAGGGGAAGGCGACCCAAAUAAGCAGCAGCCCAUUCCUGGAUGACUCCUCUGGGUCAGACGAAGAAGAUAGUUCCAGAUCCAGUUCCCGGACUUCGGAGUCAGACACACGCAGUAGGAGUGGGCUGGGCAGCCCAAGAGCCAUUAAACGAGGUGUGUCUCUCUCUUCUGUGGCUUCUGAAAGCGACUAUGCUAUCCCCCCAGAUGCUUAUUCCACAGACACAGAGUACUCACAGCCAGAACAGAAGCUCCCUAAAACGUGCUCGUCUUCUAGUGAUAACGGGAAAAAUGAACCCCUGGAAAAAUCUGGCUAUUUAUUAAAAAUGAGUGGUAAAGUCAAGACUUGGAAGCGGAGGUGGUUUGUUCUUAAAGGUGGUGAAUUACUUUACUACAAAUCUCCGAGUGAUGUAAUUAGAAAACCCCAGGGCCAUAUUGAAUUUAGUGCAUCCUGCAGUAUUUUAAGAGGGGACAACAAACAAACAGUUCAGCUGACCACCGAAAAGCACACAUACUACCUGACUGCAGAUUCUCCCAAUAUUUUGGAGGAAUGGAUUAAAGUGUUACAGAACGUUCUUCGAGUACAAGCUGCCAACCCGCUUUCCCUGCAGCCUGAAGGCAAACCAGCAGUGAAGGGACUGCUCACGAAGGUAAAACAUGGCUAUUCCAAGAGAGUCUGGUGUACACUUACAGGAAAAACAUUAUAUUAUUUUCGUAGUCAAGAAGAUAAGUUUCCUUUAGGUCAGAUUAAACUCUGGGAGGCUAAAGUUGAAGAGGUUGACAGAUCCUGUGAUUCAGAUGAAGAUUAUGAAGCCAGUGGGCGAAGUCUGUUAUCCACACAUUACACCAUUGUGAUCCACCCCAAAGACCAAGGUCCAACUUACCUCCUAAUUGGAUCCAAGCACGAAAAGGACACUUGGCUUUAUCAUCUGACUGUUGCAGCUGGAAGUAAUAAUGUAACUGUUGGAUCUGAAUUUGAACAACUUGUUUGCAAAUUGCUAAAUAUUGAAGGGGAACCUUCCUCUCAGAUAUGGAGACACCCUACUUUGUGCCACAGCAAAGAAGGAAUCAUUUCUCCUCUGACAACACUACCUUCUGAAGCUCUACAGACAGAAGCUAUUAAAUUAUUCAAGACCUGCCAGCUUUUUAUAAAUGCAGCAGUUGACUCCCCUGCAAUUGAUUACCACAUCUCUUUAGCCCAGAGUGCUUUGCAAAUCUGUCUGACACAUUCUGAGCUACAGAACGAAAUUUGCUGUCAGCUCAUUAAACAGACAAGACGGAGACAGCCACAGAAUCAACCAGGACCAUUGCAGGGCUGGCAGCUCCUGGCUCUCUGUGUUGGGCUCUUCCUUCCCCAUCAUCCUUUCCUGUGGCUCCUCAGGCUCCACCUAAAGAGGAAUGCAGAUUCCAGGACAGAAUUUGGAAAAUACGCUAUUUACUGCCAGCGAUGUGUAGAAAGAACACAACAAAAUGGAGAUCGAGAAGCAAAACCUUCAAGAAUGGAAAUUCUUUCAACCCUUCUACGAAACCCCUAUCAUCAUUCUUUGCCCUUCAGUAUCCCCGUGCACUUCAUGAAUGGGAUAUAUCAGGUGGUUGGAUUUGAUGCAUCCACCACAGUGGAAGAAUUCUUGAAUACUUUGAACCAGGAUACAGGAAUGAGGAAGCCAGCACAGUCUGGAUUUGCAUUGUUCACAGAUGAUCCUUCUGGCAGGGAUUUAGAGCACUGUCUUCAAGGAAACAUUAAGAUUUGUGACAUUAUUUCCAAGUGGGAACAGGCUUCCAAAGAACAGCAACCUGGGAAAUGGGAAGGUAUGAGAACUGUUCGUCUGACAUACAAAAACAGACUGUAUUUCUCAAUGCAAGCUCGUGGUGAAACUGACAGAGAAAAGUUACUGCUAAUGUAUCAGACAAACGAUCAAAUAAUAAAUGGACUUUUUCCCCUAAACAAGGACCUGGCAUUAGAAAUGGCAGCUCUUUUAGCUCAGAUUAAUAGGCAUGCUGGCGCCAUUACCAAGUCCUUAGAGGCAUGGGCUUGCUUUCACUCCAUUCUGCCAUCCCUGAGAAGUUUUCUUCAUAAUCUUGGAGAUCUGCCAAUGUUCCAGCUCUUACAUCAGUGCCCCAGGCAGCAGGAUGGAGGAAGGGCUGAAGAUGGGCACAUCUCCAGAAGUUAUAUAGAACACUUCCAUUAUGUCUCCCUCAUCCACAUUAGUGAUUCGGCCUUGCUUACCCACAAGGGAGACUCUAUCUUCUUACACAAAAUUUUUGAAUAUAAACAUUUAAACUCUUCUGAAGAACAGUUUAGGCAGCUUUGCCAGCGACUGUCAACCAGAUGGAUGGCCCUCCGCGGACACAGUGCUGCUGAUUGUGUGCGCAUUUAUUUGACAGUAGCCAGAAAGUGGCCUUUCUUUGGUGCCAAGUUAUUUCUUGCAAAACCCACUAUUCCGUCAUCACUGGGAAGUACUUUUAUGUGGCUGGCUAUCCAUGAGAAUGGUUUAAGCAUCUUAGAAUAUAACUCUAUGAGGUUAAUUAUCAGCUAUGUGUACAAGAGUCUAAUGACCUUUGGAGGUCAUCAAGAUGAUUUUAUGAUAGUCAUUAACAACGCACAGUCAAAGGACAAACCAACAGAAAAAUUACUUUUUGCCAUGGCAAAACCCAAGAUUCUUGAAAUCACUCUUCUGAUUGCCAGUUACAUAAACAACUUCCAUCAGCAAAAGGCAGCCUUUCACCACCUCUCUGCUCCAGCGCUGCUCUCAGCCCGGACCCGGGGACCCCAAGCCAGGGCAAUAGGAAGCCAGCCCCUUCUGUCAAGCAGCAGACCCACCAAAGGCCCCACUUUACUCUGAAACCUUGGAAGCCUGAAUAUUCACUCUAUCUCCUCUAAGCAAUGGCUGCAUCAGCUGCAAAUAAGUUCAUUUACAUCCUGGUAACAUAGCACUAGUAUUCCAAACAUAAAAAAUACAGGAGUGACUUGCUUUUAUUUAAUUCUUAAAUAUUCAAAAAGGAUACUUAUAAUACACAUAAACACAAAGCUCUCACACUGAUUUGCUCUUGAAUUAAGUGGGUUAGAAUUGGUCAUUUUUUUCCAUCUCCCUUCUCUCUUGCCAUCAGACAUGUGAUGCAAUAUGGUUUCUUCUCUUUUUUAGAAAAUAUUCUGGCAGUCUUUAGAGAGAGAGAUUCCAAACUCUCAUUUGGCAAAUCAGUUGAUUAUAUGGAAAUGCUCACUGCCAAAAAAUUAAGUACUGUAAUUAAAUGUUCUUUUAAUUAAUGAUACGGUUUUUGGAAAGAAGUAGAGUACACAGUGUAAACAAGAACUACAGGGUGCUGUUUAGAGGUGAAUUUUUAGAGCAAGUGCAGUAAAUCUUGGGCCCCAUGAAUCACUGUGCAAGAAAACGAGAAUUAGGUAACCAGAGCUUCCUAUGUGGUAUUAGAAAGUAUACCCUGUCACCUUUUCAGAUCACUGGAGUGUAAAAUGUUAAAUAAGACAGUGAUUCCUAACAUUCCAUGGUUGUCAGCAUGGCCUGAGUUCACUGGAAUCUUGCCCAUAUUUUGUUGCAUUUGGUGCUAGGUCAUCUUGACCUUGUUUCAUUAAAUAAUAGUAUCUUUGAAAACAAAGCUUUGCCCUCAUACAGUCCUUUUUAAUUAUAGUCAGAACAAAUUCUCAGAAAUAUUUUUCAGAAGAAAAGGGAAAAUAAUUCUUCUGUGAAAGGGGGGUCAAAUUCUAGUUGAAAGAGUCUGGAAAUGUAUUUCUUUACUAAGUUACGUAAGUGAUCAGUACAUUCCCGAAUGUGUCAAAACAAAGUAAUUAGUAGUCAUGAUAAAAAUGAAACUGUGAUAAGACAUGAAAAUUAAUUAUAAAAAUGUUUAAUUGCAAUAGUAAUCAUGAGCAUACUUUUAUUUAUGUGUAGAAUAUUUGUAUUUAUUUUUUGGACAUAUAUUUAUCACUUUGUUUGGGGUAUUUUUUUAGCCAAUUUGAAAAAAGAAAUGUUAGCUGCUGAAUGAAUUUGUUUCCAGAGCCUUCAUGUUUUCUUCUUUGCUGCUUUCUCCCUAUGGUGAUGUACUGUUCUCACCCUAAGCCUUUUAAAAAUGUGCCAUCCCAUCCUUACAAAGGGCAGUGCCAAAAAGUAAGAGUACUUCAUUGGUAAUGACAAAAAGAAGGUCAAAAAAUCCCACAGAAAUAGAUUUCCAUUUACCAUUUCCCCUAAAUCCUUUGAGCCACGACCACUCUCUGUGUAAGCAAAUUACUUUAGCUUGUAAACCGGUUCAGUUUGGGAUGACUCUCAGGAGCCUUUUGACUAGGAUAUAGUAGAGUUCCUAAGUUCCGAGAAAACCAUUUAAUAAUCAUUAGUUGGUGAGCCAGAGGCUUGGCAGAGCUGUUACAAAUGGGUGAGGACUUUGCCUUCAAGCAGUAGUUAGUUCACCAUCUGGGAAGUGCCCCCACCCAUCCACCAAAUCUUCUAAUUUAAACAAGUAGUGGAGGCUGAGCAUAAAUGGCAGUACCUUAGGCAUAGCAUUUAUUUUUGAUAGAGCAGAAAUAAAAUAUUGUGAUGGAAAGAAAUCAAUUUUCUGAACAGAUGAUGUGAAAAUUUUAUUUUCUUGGAAAUUACUUGUACAGCCAUUUAAAAAAUUCAAAGUAUGUUAUUAUGAUUGGUUAUAAGAGAAUAAUGUUACAUGUUUAAUUGUAAUAUUUGUCUCCUAUCAUUUUCUUCCCUUUCAAUUAUAAUAAAUGAUUUACAAAACCCAUUUUGAGCAUUAUCUUUUUGAAUAAUCUCCAAGAAAAAGCCUAAUGUUUUCAUUGUCAAAACUGAGGUGUACUACUAGUGAAAAUGGUAGUUAUUACCUCCUUCUCCUGCGUUCAUGCUUUGUCCUCAGUGUUGCUUUGUUUUAUCCACAUAAAAGGAAGCUGUUUUGGCAAAUUGUAAUUUUAAUACAUAUGCAUGCAUAUUGACAAAUAUACAAUGUGUGUAAGUCAUGGGGUUCUCCCAUGAUUUCAUAAUAAGCUUCUUAAUGGAAAUUAUUUCAUAUAUGUGAGUGAAACGGACUGUGUUCUAAAAACUUAUUUUAAAUGUUCUGGAUUUUGUGUAUGUGUCAAAUACUGUCUGUCAUAGCUUGGAAAUAAAUUUAACUCUCAAUUUACAAGAGAAGUUAAUCACAACUUA